GUUUUCCUGGCUCCACGAGGAAUUUAUCCAAGAUACGGUACCAUUCAGCUGCCUCCUGAACUGACUUCGCAGUUGGUAACGAUAAGUUGGGGUGGCAGAAUGUCAAGAAUACUGUCACUAGGGAGGCCGGCUCAUAGAGCGGUACGAUGGAUACCGCUUGGUCGGUUGCGCAUUUGGAUGAUGCGAACAUUCCAGUGAAGACGCUUGAGGCCAUGCUCAGCAAAAAUCUGUAAGUCCGAAAGUCGACGCCAUCGUCCGAAUGGAGGACAAUGUCAGAGUCGGCGGAAUCGAACGGUGCAGGAGCGGGCUUGCUUUGAGCAUCUGGAUACUCUUCCAUGAAAGGUUGCAUAGACAUAUUCCGACUAUUUGUCUUGAGGAUGAGAGAAUGCGUUGUAAGUUACUGUAAGUCUGUACAGUGUAAAGUGUUCAUAAAGGAGGCGUCGGAAGCAAGUCCGAAAGCCAGCGUUCCGGGCUGACAUGCAGUGCUAAGAUCUGCUUGCCGCUUGCGCCAAAUAUGUUCUCAAGCCAUAGAACUUUGAUGAAGCUGACCUCACAACCACCUAUCCUUCUCAUUUCCGGCCUGCAAUAACUUAUCAGACCACCAUGCAGCUGCCCGUAAUUUAUAGGAAGCAUUGUCUGUGGCUUUGGGUCGUGCCUGUUUCCCUCAAUAGACCCAUCGUCGGUCCGCAUACCAGGAACUAACCCAAACUUCAACGUUGAACGUUGGAGCUUGAGUGGAGAGAUACCCUCACAUCCUUAAAAAAUGGAACCAGGUUCUAAAGACACACAGGCACCCUCACCCUUCGGCGAUCCUAGCGCAGACCUCAUCCUACGUUCCUCCGAUGGUGUUGAGUUCCGCGUACAUACGCUUUACCUCAGAAAAUCCUCCGAUUUCUUCGACGACAUGCUGUCAUUACCUCAACCACCUUCCCCAAAUACACCCGUACCCGUGGUAGACUGCUGCGAGACUUCCACAACUCUACACGCGAUCCUCAGCUUCUGCUAUCCCUCGAUGUGUCCCCCGACCACAUUUCCCAACGCACGAGAUAUCCUGGAUAUUUGUUUCGCAUUGGAGAAGUUCCUAAUGCUAAAAAAUGCAGAAGACUGGAUCAAGCGACUGCUCACAAACGCAGUGACAUCGAAUCCAGUUGCCGUUUAUAUCCUCGCACACCGGUUUGGUUGGGAAGAAGAGGUCAAAUUGGCCGCCAAACAAACAUUGUUUAUCAACCUCUAUGAGUUGAUUGACUUACGAAGUAACCUGCCAGUCGAGGUACUAGACCGGAUAUCUGCACUGGCAAUGCACCGAUUGGACGCGUAUCACACAGCCUGCUGGAAACUGGUACAAGAACGGCUCAGUGCCCAGUAUUGGGUUGACCGGAUCCUCUGGGAGCUCGUUAUGAAUGCAAACCCAGAUAGUGAUCCCUACAGACACACCUACGUUUUCCAGCGCAACAUUGCCACGUGUUGCUCAGAACUUAUUGUAGCCGAUUGCGAAGGGAACACAGUAAAUUACUACGUCAAGAAAUGGUGGAAGGCGUACAUGGACGAUGCGAGAGCAGCGGUGGAUGCGCCUGCCUACGAGAAGGUUUUGACGACGGAAACUAUGCUAAGGGCCGUUCGUAUGGCCGCAGAGUGUCGGACUUGUGCACCGGAGGCAAUGAAGGUGUUGCAUGUUUUCACGGAACAAUGUUUGAAGGUGGAACUGAAGAAGCAACUGGAUAAGGUCGCAUUAAAGAUAGACUGAGCUCAUUCUAGCCUUCUUCUCUUUGUUUUCAAUAUCAGGUCCUCUGGCAGUUCGCUUUCUAUCCUAUUUUCAUACCUGCAAUGGAUCGACUUGGCUGAUCACACUGUGACUGUGCCGCGGAACUGACUUCUAAUUGGUUCCCUCAACACACCUCCAUGGAAGGCGGGUAUAGAUUUAAGGACAAACAGGCAGGCGUACAAAGCAAUAAAGCAUGCUCACAGAAAAAGAAAAAGUGCAACAUAGAAGAUAGAAAAAUCAUCAAAAACCAAAUCAUCAUCUACUCGCCUUCUUCGUGUACGGGUACACAGGUGGGUAUGAUUCUCCUUCCGUACUGUCUAAAGAUCCACUUGAUGCUGGUGUCAUAGAAUACCCCUCAUGCUGCGAUCGGGGUUGUGGUUGCGGGACCUGCCGACUGCUGGCAUCGCUACCAUAAACGUAGGGAGCUAACCUGAUAUCCUCAUCGUAGCUCGGUCGUGGUCGUUGACGCGUGCUAUUGGACUCACUACUAGGUGCCCUUCCACUUCCCUCCACACCGAAUGCUUCUCCAAAGUUCAUCUUGGUAUAAGUCUUGCCCUCGUUGUCAAUCUCGGUGAGACGAGGACCAUGUGCAUGUGGUUUGCCUCUGAAGUAGUCGACGAAGAAUUUCAGGGAGCCGUAGAUCUCGAUUGCGAAGUCGGCUAUAAUAUCGUUAGUAAGUAAACAGAGUUUUCACGAAUAUGACAGUACUCACUGUAGUUGAUACUAUGGAGGGAAGAACGAGCGUGAGCAGUCAGGAAUGGUUGAUAGCGAUCAGUACAGACCUGUCCCAGAGGGGCCGCCAGAUACUCGUCCUUGCUUCACCCUUGACCCUAUAGUCAUUCCACGAAUACGCCCACAUCAUAAACAAAGAGAAGAACACCAUCUGCAGGAACGUAACCCAUAGUUAGCACCAAUACUGAGAAUUGGGUGAGUAGGUGGUAGGGUUACCUCGAUGCAAAUGGCAAGAGCAUUUAAACCGUCAGAGAUGUUGGUCUCAGUCCAGUACGUCGUGGCUGAAGGAAUGUUAGUCAUGUCGCACGUUUCAGGGAAGGACUUCGUCACAGACCCUUGAUGACACGCCCUUCUAAUGCGCCAAACUAGACACGAG